AUGGCACUGGAGCAGCUUCACUCACGAAAUCGAGAGCCUCCCAUCACUGGAGUGUUUCUCCUCCCUCCGCAGGUGUCUCCGGAGCAGGUGAUCCUGUCCCACAGCCCCCUGCGGCUCUUCAGCCAGUUCCACCCUAAGUGCAUGCUGGUGGCUGGGCAGGGGCCCGUGGAGGAGAACGCCCAGAAGCUGGGGUUCAAGCAUGUGGUCACUAUAGAGGCACUGAGGAAGGCAUAUCCCCUGUUAGACAUGGUGGAUCAGAGCCGGAGACCAAAGGAGCUGCCUCCUCCAACCACUGGCUUCCCCACUAUAGAGGGGGUGAUUCUGUUUGGUGAGCCAGUGAGGUGGGAGACAAGCCUGCAACUUAUUAUUGACAUACUCUUGAGCAACGGGAACCCUGGGGCAGAGCUGCAAGAUAUACCAUACCCCCAUCUGCCUGUCCUCGCCUGCAACAUGGAUCUCCUGUGGAUGGCUGAAGCCAAGAUGCCCAGGUUUGGCCAUGGCACUUUCCUUCUCUGCUUGGAGAGCAUCUACAAGAAAGUGACAGGCCGGGAGCUGAAGUAUGAGGCUUUGAUUGGCAAACCCAGCAGUGUCACCUACCGCUAUGCCGAAUACUUGAUAAAACAGCAGGCAGAGGAACAGGGCUGGAAGUCUCCCAUUCGACGCCUCUAUGCAGUUGGGGAUAACCCUAUGUCCGAUAUCUAUGGGGCAAACCUCUACAACAACUACCUCAAGUCAGCUCACCAGAACCAGGUCCAGGCUGGUGUGAAGAGGAGCCCGCAGGCAGCCAGUCCCCAAACUGAGGAUCACCUCGAGCUGAGGAAGGGCUACAACAAUUCAGUGGAGAGUUGCAAGUCGAUUCUGGUCUGCACUGGGGUCUACCGCCGCGAUGUAGAUGUCCCCAGUAACACAGAGGAGUGCACGACGGAGAUGGUAUUCCAUGGCCAUCGGGACUUCUGCUUUGACCCCAGCCUGGUGGAGGCUUCUUACAUAGUGCAGGAUGUGAAUGAUGCUGUGCAACUUGCUUUCAAGAAGGAGAACUGGAGCUAGGGUUAAGACAGGUAUGCCUAAGGAUCUACCGUCAGGGAUUUUAUGUACUGGAAAGGGAAGAGGAGAAGAACGGGGAGAGACCUGGGGUGAUCCUCCAAUCUAGCCAACAUGAAAGAAAACUCCCUGUCAGCACUAAAAGCCCCUUGCUUUUAUUGAUACUCAUCUGCAAUCCUCACAGCUGCCAGCAGGUUUUCAACUGUGAAUGUACAUUGCUGCCAUCAAUAAUUGAGCCAUAAUGCAAACAGGGUAUAAGGAGAAGGCUUGUCCCAGCAAUCCCAGUUUUGUUCAGCCAUCUGAGUUGUUUCUUUUCUACCCUUUGUACAUGAAGAUAGGGCAAGCCCACCCUCCUCCUCCCAUCCUCCAGGGAAGAGGAUGAAGCUCUUCCCUGUGCAAGGAGCCACCAUCAGCCAAAGUACCUUUCGUACAAUGUACUAUUCGUCCAGUCUGUGACGUGAGCGCACCAGAAGCUGUGUUGGGGUGACACUGCCAAGGAAAGGCUUUAAGUCUUAACAUUCUCCUUACGAAGAAUAAGUGCCUAUGGACUUUAACAAAUUCUGUUUGCUUGGGGAUUUGCCACUGCAUCACUGUCAGUCUGAAACAAAGUCCCAUUUUGCAGUCCUCCAGCAGCUAUGGAGAGGCAGGGCCCCUCAAAGGAAGCUGCAGUAGCCAGAGCAACUUGCUGCAGGGCCAAGGAGAAGGUUACAUUAUUCCCUCCCUGCUAUUUAGCAUUCUGUGAACACUUCUGCCUUUUCGCAUCCCGCUAGGGAGCCAGCAGCCUGCUCUCAAUAGCAGAGGAAACCACCACAGAGUCUGAAUUUCCAGAGGUGUCUUUGCCCAGAGCUCAGUGUUGCAGCAAGAGGCUGUUUUGGCACGCACCCUGACCCCAAAUGUUGCAAGGGACAUCCACCUGCUCCAGCUGGCACAGCUUCCAAAGAAGGGCCCCUCUUUGGAACAAGGGCCAACCAGAAAGAGUCACAGCCCACCUUUGCUUCUUCCUUGCAUGCAGGGAUUGAAAGAGGAGAUCAUCAAGCCAGGGUGGUACCUGAGCCCCAAAUCCCCAAUCCUCAUCUUUAAGAGUACAAAUGUUUCUGUCCUUCACAUCCUUUUUUCCUCUCCUCCCUCAUGUGGUUUGCAACUCAGGGAUACCCCAUAUGGUCUGAUCCCUGUUCCCUCCUCUUCCUUUAGCAUGCAGGUAGAGUCCUCCUAACAUGAAUUAGCAGCUGGGACUUGCCUGUCCAGGAACAUUUCCAUAUCCCUAAUGACAUGCACCUCUGUUUUCCUAGCUUGGGCUAUCCAGAGAAAGAUCAAGCCCUGUGUCUCCUUAGACAGUCCAAAGAAGUUAAUCAAGCAUUGCUUGAGAAACUCCAUGUGAAAGAUUGGCUCAGCAAGGAGUGCCUUAAUUCCAGAGGAGCAUUGUGAUUUUAGAAGCAUAAAUCAGCCUGCGUAUGUGACAGAAAGCCUUUGGAGCCAGCACAACUGAGUUGGUGUUCCUAGGUACGCUCAGCUCACACCACACUGAGAUCAGAAAUAGGUCUGCUCUGCCUCCUCUUUCUUCCUUCCUGCUUUACCAGGCAGCUCCAUACACAGGAUGUUCUGCGCAGAAGUCUGGGUUAUUCUUAAUUAAAAUCUCAGCAUCCAUGUGCACUGACAUUCUGCUUCAGCAGCUCUCCAUCCUCGAUACUGAUGUAUCUUCCUAGGAAGAUACUGGAAAGGGAAGUAGCGGAGCAGGCUCUUUUCUUAGUUAUGCCAGGCUCUGUGUCUGAAGGGGACCGGGUGCUCUGUCAGUGACCCAGGCAAAGAGGUCCUUCUCCAUGGCUUCUUUCUCUAUAUACCUUAUUUUCUGAGUAGGAGCAGAAAAAUACCUCUUUUGGGUGAAUUUCCCUCCUGUGAAAUCCACAGUGGGAAGCAGUCUCUUCCUCUCUUAGCGCUAGCUGGGGUUCUUCUCCUUUGUCUUAUCAGGACAAGAAUCGCUUGGCUGCUUCUAAAAGCAGCCGUGAUGUGAGGAACACAGUCUUAAAUUUGAAUCCUUUGCCUUUCACUGGAGAAAAAAAAAAAUUACCAUUUCAUCCACCUACACAAGACAAGGACUUGUCUGCAGUUCCCAGAAGGAUAAGUCCAGGGAGGGACUUUGCAUAGAACAUAGGGAAGGUCUUUUAGCUUUCAGAGCACAUCCACAGUCACAAUUGUGCUGUGGACCCAGUGUGCAAGGCCUGAAACUGGAGACCCAAAACCCAUUUAUUCAUAAACUAGGUCCAGUGUCUCUCAGCCUCACUUUGCGGGGGUGACAUCCAGUGCAGAAAGAGGAAUGCUCCCUUUCCUUGCAAUAGUUGCUAACUUGGGUGAUAAGUUUUGUAGGAUUAAUUUGGAACUGUCUUCUAGGCCAUGAUUACAUAGACCUCGAAGAGCUGGUUGCUGGCAAUAACGCCUUCAAUUUGGUAGGUACUUAUCUGCAGAAAUACUAAGGUCUGUCCAUCUGUGUGCAGUAACCUUUGGCAGAGCUCUUUCUUGUUACUUGUUAAGAUUGUGGUGCCAGUUACUCAAAGACAAGGUGCUGCUGGAUCGGCUGUCCCAAAUGGAGCCAGGUGCACUGGCUGCUGCUCCGAUGACGGCAGUAGCUUUGUGGAAGGAACUUGCAGAAGAAUUUUGAGAAAUCACAAGCGGUUUGUAAUUUCAUAUCAGCAUGCACGGCACAUCUCAGCCAGAAGUGAGGUCGGUAGCAAGGGGAAGGAGGGAGCACCUCCUUCAAGAGAGGAAGAGCAUUUGCACAGAGAGUGAGCCAGGCAUCUCUGUCUUUGGAAUAGCAGUGGAGGUGACCUGACUGAUGUGAAUCUGCUUCAGAUUCCAAGUCUGCUUUUGGGUCCAGAUUUUUUUUUUUUUUUUUUUUACCAUGUUAGUGACGUUGAAACAGUGCUCUGGGAGUCUUAAAAAUGCGUAGGAGGAACUUCAGUGAUAAGGAAUUCAAGAAAUGCUUCGCUUGCCAGUUGAAAUUGGACAGAGGGGAGGAGAAGAAAUCUAGAAGAAUCUUGUACCCUUUCCCCAAUUCUUACCAAGUAGGGUUGCAUAAAAGGCUCUGCUUGUUGGUCUGUGCACUAAUUAGUCAGAUGGGCUGCCCUUGGUCUGAGCAACGCUGAGACCUUUCCCCUCUUCCCCUGCUCAGCUCCUUGAAGCAGUGCACUUUGCCCAAGUCACUGCCCGGGAACAGCAUGGGCACAGUGGAUGGAGCAGGAAACCCAGCUGCUGUUGGAUACUGGAUUGUGAAAGAUUUCUACAGAGGAAGGUGCUUGCCAGGUCUCUGUUCCAAGCGUUUUGUGCUAGAGUGCUGUGCAGGCUUCUAGCUUAUCUGCAGUUCAUUUACGGACAUCUGUUAUUGCUAAAAUUCGGUGAAAUCCUUUUUCCUUGGAAUUGCAGCUUCCUGGAAUUAGCUUCAAGUGUGGCUGGAACAAAACCUUUCCUUUGUCUCAUGUGUUGCACAGAAGUGGUAUUUCUGAAGCCGUAUUUCUCUCAUUUGGAGCAAGCACACUUCUGUGCAGAUUAUGGGACCAAGCAGGAGAGGGGACUUCACUUGCUGACCUAAUACCUUAAUAUUUAUGUGGUGCACUGCCCUAGACAACAAACAUGGCGAAGACCCGAUCCUAUCAGCUCCAUCUUCCACAGAUGGAUAGGUUUUAGUCAAGCCUAAAGGGAGCGUGCAAUGACAUGAGGCAACUGAGAAUAGCAGGGAGGACCCAGAGGAGGGAUAGACCUUGUUUUGGAUCUGAAGCAGAGCGCUUUUAUUUCAUGCAAUAUCGUGGUGGCCAGAGAGGUCAGUUCCUUUAUUCCACAGGACACAUGCAACUACUAGCCUGGUGUUCAGGGAGUCAUAUAAAACUACUGUCCCCUUUCUUCCAGUUUUAAUCCUGGUGUGUCUUUUUCCCUGCAAUAAAUGGGUAAUGUUUCAGAUUCUGUCACGUACACUGUAGCAGAGCGAUUACGUAUCAUACAGAGAAAUCACAAGCUGUGAUUGUUUUAGAUUUCAUAUUAAUUUUGACCCAGUUUCAGAGUUGCUCCUUUGAUCUAGCACAUAUAAAAAAAUAAUAAAAGAUGUUUUCUUUGAAAGAAA